CACUCAAUCUGUCUAUCACCAAGGACUACAGAUCUACAAGAAAGGUUCAAUAAUUCCAUUCAUAUAACAAUAUCCAGCAGCAGUAACAUGAAGAUAUGAAUAAACAAGACAAUGAUUAUUUGUCCUGUGCCUCUUCACUUCCUCCUGGAUGGAGCAGAGAGGUCAGACAGAGGAAAACAGGCAAAACUGCCGGAAAGAUGGAUGUGUAUUUUAUAAGUCCCCAAGGACAGAGGUUUCGAUCCAGGACUUCUUUACAAGCCUUUCUGCAGAAAAAUGGAGAUGGGGACUGUAACAUGAGCAUGUUUAAUUUUUCUUGUACUGACACAAGUAUCAAAAAUUAUUUUUCUACUAAAACAAAGGCAAGAAGUCAAAGGAAAGACACUGGAGAUUUUGAAAAGAAUAGUACAGAGAUGCCAGAUGAAGCUUGCUCAAUUGAAUCACAUGAACUACCCUCUGCUGAUUGCAAAAAUCAAAUAAACAAGCAAGAUGAGAUCAUUAUUAUCUCAGAUAUACCAGAUCAAUGUACUAGAAAGGAAAAUGCAAGCCCCAUACAAGCUGGCCUUGCAACUUUUGAGGAUGAAGAAAAAAUGCAGAGGACUCCAAUAAGAAGUGGUUUAUUGAAAGAAAAGCUGUUCAUGACGACAGGCUUUAAAGACAAAUACACAGCGUGCGUGCAUCCCCCAGUCCUCUCUCUAUGUGUGGAACCUGCAAGUGAGAGUGAGAACGAGCAAGAUGUGGCUCUGAUUCACAGCAAAGGUGACGAGAAACCUAUUUCAGAGCUGGGGAUAGUGAACAGCAGCAGUGAUGAGAUGGAAGAGCAGGUGUUAUCACCUAACAUCUCAGUUGGGAGUAGCACGCCAGUGAGAGAUUCUCAAAAUAAAUCAAAGAAGAUAGAAGACAAUAGGAAAACCAGCCCGUAUUUCAGCAGGACGAACCUUGGAGACUGUCCAAGCCCACCAAAAAGGAAAGUUUUCAAGAAAUGGACACCCCCUCGAUCUCCAUUUAACCUUGUCCAAGAAACCCUUUUUCAUGACCCUUGGAAACUCCUGGUGGCUACUAUUUUUCUGAACAAGACCAGUGGCAAGAUGGCUAUACCACUACUAUGGCAAUUCUUUGAGUAUUACCCCACAGCUGAGAUUGCACGAGUAGCUGACUGGAAACCCAUGUCUGAAAUUCUGAAACCCCUGGGCCUUUAUAAACUCAGAGCCAAAAUAAUAAUUCGCUUUUCAGAUGAAUAUCUCACCAAACAGUGGCGCUACCCCAUUGAGUUGCAUGGUAUUGGGAAGUAUGGUAAUGACUCAUACCGAAUCUUCUGUGUGGAGGAGUGGAAAGACGUGACACCCAAGGAUCACAUGUUAAAUAAAUAUCAUGCCUGGCUGUGGGAGAACCAUGAAGCACUCGGAGUAUGAAUUACUGUAGAACAAAUGCAUUAAAGAGGAUGUUUAAGGUUAGACAAAAAGGUUAUUUUGCUUUUAGCUUGUACAGUUAAAUCUGUAUGCAUUUUAAAUUAUGUAAUGUUCAAUGGCUUUUAGAAUGGCUAAUAAAUAA